CUCUAGCGUCUUUGCUUUACUCACCUCCUCGCCACACUAUCACGGCAAAUCGAUGGCCUCCGUGUCAAUUGUCAUCCGUGUACAUCAUUCAUCGUCAUAAGUCAGAUAAAAAAAACAUGAUGAUUUCUGAAAAUGAAAGAUUAAGUAUCGAAACAAACAAUGAAAAUAAGUCAAUUACAAUUCAGGAUAACAAAAACGCGUUGUUUCCUGAAAAUGAGAAAUUAAGUAUCGAAACAAUCAAUGAAAAUAAGGAUAAAAAAAACAUAUUGAUUCCUGAAAAUGAGAAAUUAAGUAUCAAAACAAACAAUGAAAAUAAGGAUAAAAAAACCAAGUUAAUUCCUGAAAAUGAAAAAUUAAGUAACGAAACAAACAAUGAAAAUAAGGUCAUUGAAACAUUGUUGACAAUUGGAGAUAAGUUUUCUAUCGAAAUUAAUAAAGAAGUGGAAGUUAAGGAAUCCAAAAGAAUAGAAGAGAUAUUUAAUUAUUGCUUACCAAAAGAUAAUUAUUCGGGUGUUAUUGAUAUUGAAACUUGUAAUAACAAUUUGAAAAAAACAGAUUAUAACGAUAAUAUUGAAAUACAACAAAUUAUUGAAAAAUUGGAAAAAUUCCAUAAACACGAAAGUAUAAACCUGAGAAUUUUUUCACAAAUUAAAAAUGGCCAAUAUUGCCCAAUUCCAAGUAAUUUUCUUCAAAAGUUUAAAGAACUCAAUGACAAAUUUGAAGAAAUAGAUUCAGAGAAAACCGGAUGUAUCUCUAAAAGUGAUUUUGAUAAUGCCAUUCAACAAAUAAUCUCUAAUAAAAAUGUCGUGAAAAUUUUAUUAGAAUCUUUGUCUGACAUGAACAAUGUUUAUUAUGAAGCAUGGUUAUUGAAAAAAAGAGAAAACAUUUAUAAAUUUAUUGGAAAUUUAUAGUGAAACAUGUUUCUUAAAUGUAUAAUAAAUAUUAGAUAUUUUUUAAAUGUAAAAAUUGUAUUUGUUUCUUUUUCAAAAUAA